AUGGCGUUGUCUCGAAAAGCCUCGUGCAAUUCUCAUGGGCAAGACUCCUCGUACUUCCUGGGAUGGCAAGAGUACGAGAAGAACCCAUACGACCAAAUCCAAAAUCCUACCGGCAUCAUUCAGAUGGGUCUUGCCGAGAACCAACUUUCAUUUGAUCUUCUUGAGUCGUGGCUGGCCAAGAACCGGGAUGCAGCUUCAUUCAAGAGAAACGGCACCUCGUUCUUCAAAGAACUUGCUCUAUUCCAAGAUUAUCACGGGCUUCCCGCAUUUAAGAAAGCAUUAGCAGAUUUUAUGGCCGAAACUCGGAGAAACAAAGUGAGCAUCGAUCCAAAUAAGAUAGUACUUACAGCUGGUGCAACUUCAGCCAAUGAGACUCUCAUGUUUUGCUUGGCUGAGCCCGGCGACGCUAUUCUUGUUCCUGCCCCUUACUAUCCGGGAUUUGAUAGGGACCUCAAAUGGCGUACUGGGGUUGAGAUUGUGCCCGUACAAUGCAGUAGUUGUAAUGGCUUCAAAAUUACCACGGCCGCUCUUGAAGAAGCCUAUGAAACUGCUCGGAUACUCAACCUAGAGGUCAAGGCAAUUUGGAUCACCAACCCCUCGAAUCCGCUAGGCACAACAAUGACCCAGGGCGAACUCAACCUCCUAAUCCGCUUCAUCACCCUUAAACAGAUCCAUCUCGUGAGCGACGAGAUAUACUCGGGCACUGUGUUCAGCUCCCCAGAGUUUGUAAGCAUCCUGGAAACCCUGGACGAGCGAAAGUGUAAAAAUGAGAAAGUCUGUGACAGGGUCCAAGUGGUCCAGAGCCUCUCAAAAGAUUUAGGCCUCCCAGGGUUUCGGGUUGGCGCAAUAUAUUCAAGCAACGAGACUGUCAUCUCUGCCGCCACAAAGAUGUCAAGUUUCGGGCUUAUUUCUUCUCAGACUCAGCAUCUCCUGGCCUCAAUUCUCUCCGACAAGACCUUCACAAGGAACUACAUCUCUGAGAAUCGAAAGAGGCUGAAGAAAAGGCACAAGAUGCUGGUCUCGGGGCUCCACGGUUGUGGGAUCAGCUGCCUUGAGAGCAACUCAGGGCUCUUUUGUUGGGUCGACAUGAGGCAUUUGCUGCACGCAAACACAUUCCAGGCUGAGAUGGAUCUCUGGAGGCGGAUCCUAUAUGAGGUUAAGCUGAAUAUAUCACCAGGUUCUUCAUGCCACUGCGCCGAGCCCGGCUGGUUUAGGGUUUGCUUUGCUAAUAUCUCCGAAGAGACUCUCACCAUCUCCAUAACAAGGCUCAAGACAUUUCUAAGUGCAAACUAUGCAAAUGUCUCCAAGAAAACCACGAAUUCGAAGGAUUGCUGUUCAAGGAAGAAAUGGACUUUGCAGCUCCCGUUCCAAGAGAGAGGACUUGUUGAGUGA